UCCAGCAUGGUGUGUCUGUGGCUCCCCAGAGGCCCCUGGGUGGCAGCUGUGGUCCUGACACUGAUGGUGCUGAGCCCUCCCGUGGCUUUGGUCAGGGACCCCCGACCUCGUUUCUUGCAACAAGUUAAAAGCGAAUGCCGUUACUCCAAUGGGCUGGAGCGGGUGCGGUACUUGCAGCGACACAUCUAUAACCAGGAGGAACACUUGCGAUUUGACAGCGAAGUGGGCAAGUACCAAGCAGUGACUAAGCUGGGACGGAUCCAGGCAGAGUACUGGAACAGCCAGAAGGGUUUCCUGGAGCAGAAGCGGGCCAAGGUGCACACGUUCUGCAGAUUCAACUACGCCAUUGUGGAGAUACUAACAGUGCAGCAGAGAGCUGAGCCUGUGGUAACUGUGUACCCGGCAAAGAUGCAGCCUCUGGAGCACCACAACCUCCUGGUCUGCUCUGUGAGAGGCUUCUACCCUGGCCAGAUUGAAGUCAGAUGGUUCCGGAAUGGCCAGGAGGAGAAGGCUGGGGUCGCGUCCACAGGCCUGAUCCGGAAUGGAGACUGGACCUUCCAGACCCUGGUGAUGCUGGAGACGGUUCCUCAGAGUGGAGAGGUUUACACCUGCCACGUGGAGCAUCCCAGCCUGACCAGCCCUGUCACAGUGGAGUGGAGGGCUCAGUCCUCAUCUGCACAGAACAAGAUGCUGAGUGGAGUCGGGUUCUUCGUGCUGGGUCUGUUCUUCCUCGGGCUGGGGCUGUUCAUCUACUUCAGGAACCAGAAGGACAGUCUGGACUCCAGCCGACAGGACUCCUGAGCUGAGCCUAGGUGACAAGGCUGAAGGAAGGAGCUCUUUUGUCUUCAUAUCAUUAAAUCUUUUCCUUCUGGGCUCAAGUUCCCCCACUGACAGUGCUUCCCCAGGACCUGCCUGCCUUCUCCUGGCUCUGGACUCUAUAGACGUAUGCUCCCUGUCCAGCCCCUGGCCUCAGCCUGGCAUCCUCUGGGACAGAAGUAAGCCCAUUUCCACCUGCCCCUCACCUGGUGCAUCUGAGCCCAUCUAUGAUGUGGGA